UGUGAGCUAUCAGAGGAUUUACCUGAUGAUGAUAGUGACGGUAACAUAUCAGCCACACUUUUACAAUUUCAAAUUUGGACAUUGCAAGGUGCCGGGUUUGAAACAACAAAUCGCCUGUUACUUUUCAUCAUCUUAUAUCUGACUAAAUAUCCAGACAUACAGGAGCGUGCACAGAAAGAGAUUGAUCAAGAAUUAGGAAGCAACAGGAAUAUUUCUGAAAAAGAUCAGGCGAGCCUUCCGUACGUAAUGGCAACUAUCCUUGAAGUUAUGAGAAAAGCAUCAAUAACUCCAUUCACUCUAUCCCAUUUUACACUGCAUGACACAAAACUGCGAGAGUAUGACAUCAACAAAGGCACAGUUGUCUUUUUUAACUAUCAUUCAGUAGCAAACGAAGAGUCAUAUUGGGGUGAUCCGGAAAUCUUUAGACCCGAAAGACUUCUUGAUGAUUCUGAUAAGUUAAACAAGAAGAAAGCCUCGCAUAUUCUUUUAUCCACAUUUGUAACGGGACGGCGACAAUGUCUCGGUGAGGCAUUAGCAAAAAUGAACAUUUUCAUUGUAAUUUCAACUUUGCUACAGCGCUGUUCAUUUCAGAAACCUGACGGAUGUGACCUUGAUCUUGAACCCAUUAGAGGUCUUAUUCUGUCGCCAAAACCAUUCAAAGUUAUUGUGAAAAAAAUAUUCUAGACGAAACUUCUAUUCCUGUGAUGUUUA